CCAAAACAGACUUUAUGGACUUGAACAUUUAUCAAGGACCACUCUACUACAUGCGCAUCAUAAGGAUGGACACCGUACAGCAGGCCGACAAACCAGGCGAGACGGUGACUAGGGACCUUUGAUGACCUCAUCCCUUCCUGUGGUCAUCCCAUCGCCAUCUGUCCUGUCCUGCGGUAAGUAAGGCACGAGACAGGGGCGGAGCCUGUCCUGCACUUCCAUGAGAGGUCAGAGGUCACCUCCAGCUGUGGCAGUGCCCCCGGAUGGCGGGUACAGCUGGAUUAUCCUGCUGGCGUGCUUCCUGGUUUUCGGCCUGACCUUCGGGGUCAUCAAGUCCUUUGGGGUCCUCUACGUCGAGAUACACCGCUACUACGAAACCACGGCAACAGGCACUUCCUGGAUCACCUCCAUCGCUGUGGCUGCCAUCCACUGUGUAGCACCUGUAGGGUCGGCCCUGAGCGCCCGCUACAGCCAUCGCGCAGUGGUCAUGACUGGUGGACUGCUGAGCGGUAUCGGCAUGGUGGGCGGGGCUUACGCCCGUACCCUGGUAGAACUCUACAUCACAGUGGGCUUCCUGACUGGCUGUGGCUACGCCCUCGCCUGGACCCCCACGGUGACCAUGCUGGGCUUGUACUUUGAGCGGCGCCGCCCCCUGGCCAACGCCCUGGCCAGCACAGGAGAGUGCAUCUUUACCUUCCUCCUCACCCCCUUCCUCCAGCUCCUGGUGAACCACUACUCCUGGAGGGGGGCCAUGCUGGUGCUGGGGGGGCUCCAGCUCAACCUGUGUGUGUGUGGAAUGCUGCUGAGGCCCCUGGAACCCCCCCAGAGGAGACAGGCCCCCAGAGAGGAGGAGGGACCGGCGCUGGAGGUCCAACCCCAGAUGCAGAGAGACCCGCAGGGGGCUGUAGGAGCCCGAGCCCCAGGUGAGGCCCUCUCCAGCAGGGCGGCGCUGCGUGGCGCGGCGCUGCGUGGCGCGGCGCGGCGCUACAUGGACUACACCCUGAUCUCCAGCCCCUCCUUCGUGGUGUACUCCAUGUUCGGCGUGUUCGCCGCGCUCGGCUUCUUCGCCCCGGCUCUCUUCCUGGUGCCCUACGCACGCAGCCGUGGGGUGGAGGAGUACCAGGCGGCGGCGCUCAUGUCCAUCUCGGCAGCCUCCGACCUGACCGGGCGCAUCCUCUUCGGCUGGGUGGCCAACCUGCGUCUGACGCCGACCAUCCGCCAGCUGACGGUGUCCGUGCUGGUUUUGGGGGGCGUGCUGCUCCUCUGCCCCCUGGCCGGAUCCUUCCCCGAGCUGGCGGCGUUCAGCGUGGCGUUCGGCCUGGCGUUCGGGGCCACCGUGUCCAUCCACAUCACGGUGCUGGCGGAGGUGGUCGGCGUCCACAGGCUGGGCAGCGCCCUGGGGUUCUUCAUGCUCCUCCGGAGCAGCGGAGGGCUUCUGGGCCCUCCCAUCGCUGGGUUCUUCAUUGAUAAGAUGAGUGACUAUGGGACAGGCUUCCUGAUGGCAGGCGUGGCCCUCAUAGUCUCCGCCCUCUUCCUGAUGCUGCUGCACCAGAUGACGCGCUGGGGGCUGGCGCAGUCACCCAUGAAGGGACGUGAUUCACCGACAGAGUCCGACAGGGGGCUGGGAGGAGGAGCCUGAGGAGACGAUGUAAAGACGGAGAAAAGGAUGGCUAGAGACUGGGAGA